AUGUCAAUCGCAAGGCCAAUAAUAAGAUACAGCACAUCAUCAUCAUCAAGAAGAUAUUGUAGAGUACUCAACCAUACCAACAACAUCUACAACAAUAGCAACAACAAUGUCAUCAGUAGUAUAAAGUCAUUGAUCACGCCCAUUAGACAUUAUUCGACGGCAUCAACUUUGGACGAAACAUCUAAACCUCAAGCCAAACAACUGCUUCAAUCAUUGCUGGAUGUUGUAUCGAGUCAACAGUCAACAUUGAACAAGACAGAGAGUGAUAGAUUGGCACAGUAUAUCAAGGACUUGAAGUUGAAUGAUUCAUUGUGCGAGUUCCACCUGGGCACAUUCUUUGCUCAGGGCAUCGGCAUGGACAAGGCAGACGCAGACAAGGCGCUGUUCUGGUAUAAGCGCGCAGCAGAUCAUGAUUUGGCCGAGGGCCAGUACGCACUGGGCAUCGCCUAUCUCAGCGGAUCGGCACUCACUGUGUUCAAGCCGGUAUUCCCAUCACUCAACGCCGCUGCCCAAGCAAAGAAAGGCGCCAACAACAACAAGUCCACCACGAUCAUUGGCGAAGGAUGGAUAUCGAAUGACGACGCCGCUGACUUUGACUAUUUCAAAUGGCUUCAACAGGAGAGACAACGUGUGCGCGAGCUCAAAGAGUCUGGUUCAAUCUAUCGUCAAGAGCAAUUAGAACUGGCGCGAAAGAAAGAAGGUCUACGCUGGCUAACCCUAAGUGCCAUCCAAGGUUAUUGGCAUGCACAGUUGACUCUUGGACUUGUAUUACUUCAAGGAAAGUAUGGCAUGGAGCAGAAUGAGAAGAAAGCACUGUAUUGGCUGGACAAGGCAUCAAAGGAGAGAGUGGACCUGGAAGCAAUGCAUCAAGUUGGACUCUACUACUACGCCAAGUUGGACAAUGGUAUACAAAGUGGUGAACUCAAUCCAAGACACAAGGCUGCACGAGAUCUACAAGAAAAGGCAUUUGACAACAUCAAUGUUGCGUCCAAUCGCGGACUGGCAGAGGCGACAUACUGGCUGGCAUCAUUCUUUUUGGGCGUGGUCAACAAGCAACCGGUACAAAGUGUUGGCUUCCAACUGCUGCUGAGGGCCGCUGAACAGGGAAGCGCCAAGGCCGCCACAAUGCUCGCACUUCUGCAUCACAAUGGAGAGCAUCCGGAUAAGUUCAGAAGGUUCAUAAAGCUGGGCGUGGCAGGUGGCGACCCCGUGGCAUUGCUCUGCAUGGGUGAGGUAUACUUUAGUGGACAGGAAGGCUAUCAGAUCAACUACAAGAAGGCACUCUACUACUUUAGUGAGAGUGCAGCACUUGGCAACUCUGAUGCCGCGCUCAAUCAAGGUGUCAUGUACUACAAUGGCUAUGGCACUGACAUUGACUACGAGACAUCAUUCUAUUGUUACCAGAACUCUUAUCAAUAUAAUCCCAAGAAUAUAGCAGCGAUAACCAACUUGUAUAUGAUGCAUAGUGAAGGCAUUGGCGCACCAAAGUCACCAGAGUUGGCAAACUUCUACGAAACACUUAGAAUCAAGCUGGAACAGGAACAGGCAACGAGCGAUGGCAAAGGCAGCGAGCCAAAGCCAAUAUGGUGGUUCCCAGGCAAUUGUUGGAUAAAGACUUCAUCCUCCCAAGAUGGUGAUUCAUAA